AUUAAGCUCAAAUGAAAUACGAAGUGAGUGUGAGAUCAGCGAGUUAUUGCGGUCAAUAUUUUGAUCAUCGAUUCAUCAUGGAUCCUUCUUAUCGAUCUCAGAAAAUAUAUUCUCUUCGAAAAUUGUCAACUCGAGAUAUCUAUUGCUAUGAACAAGGAAACUGAUCCACUGAUCACCAGAGAAGAUCUUCAAGAUCUAGAUCCUUCGCCUGGCCGAAUGAUCCACUGAAGAGUAAGUUGUAAAAGAUCGAGAUGUUGUUGUUCUGAAAGAACUAAAUCCUUUUUACAAGUAUUAGCUGGGGACGGUCAUUACUUACUAGGGUUCUACCUGAAUUUGUUUGAACAUACUUAGUUUUAGUAGUUAAGAUGCCACGGACAAACUGAGUGUUUGAUUCUCUCGUCUACGAAUAGGUGAUGACGAAGCCCGAAUGAGAGUAGCAUCACACAUCAGAAAGUUGAAUGAAAUUCUACUUGUCUGUUUAUGCAAUAACCUCAGUUGUUGAAGCAACUCAGCAGUAUUGAUGAUGUUCAUUUCUAAGAUUCGCCUCAAGUUGGUUUCGAGUUGUGUCUGUUGCGUAUUUGUUAAUCCCUAUGCAAACUAGGUAUAAUUGGUUAUUUCAUGUGCUUGUCGUGAAGAUAGAGCGUUCUACCCUAUCGGAGUGAGUAGAUUAGGAAUACGCGUAAGGAGAAGUUGUUUGGUAAAUAGCACAUUAUUGCGAUAGCAUUCUGAAGAGCCUCCACCUUAACUUUAAUCGUCCAUCUACAUCGCGAGCAGAAAAAUGGAAGUCGAAGAGCAAGGAGCACCAGCCGCUGGUGCCACGGCAAAUGCGUCAUUGAGGCGAAAAGACGCUGGUGCAGCAGAGCCAAGCAGUGGAAGGAAACGUCUUGCGCGGGACACGUCCCUGGCCUCGUCCACAGCGGCAUCACCGGGAGACGAGCAGGAGUCAUCUGAUGACGCAAUGGACGAUGAUGAAGAUGACGCCGAAGAAGAAGAAGAAGAGGAGGCAGAAGGAAGGGCUCGCGUCUUUCGUCCCGGUGUAGACACUUUAGAGGAGGGAGAGGAGCUUACUUGCGACAUGGAAGCAUACGACAUGUUGCAUCGCUUGCGGACAGAGUGGCCGUGCCUAAGUUUCGACGUAGUGAAGGACCAAUUAGGAUCCGGGCGUAGGGGACCAGGUCCGCACUGUGUCACUUUAGUAGCCGGAACUCAGGCCGAUGAAGCACAAAAGAAUGCCAUCUACCUGAUGCAGUGGUACGAAUUUACGAAUUUAUAGUCGAGUUGGAGCUUUGAUCAGGAGUUGUAGUAUAUUAUAAAAGUUUGAUCGACGUGCGAGAAAAGCGUCUUGUUGCCUUCCUGCUUCCUGUCAUGUUGAUGCCAUGAUUUCUUUUAUGAAAAUAUUUCUAAAGAAACAUUGAUGAUGAAGUUGUUUAAAUAUUUACAACUUCUACAAUGAAUAGGUCAAACCUGCGCAAGCAGAAACAUCGAGAGGAGGACGACGAAGAUUCAUCUUCGUCAGAAGAGGAGGACUCAUCCGAUGAGGAGGCGGAUGACGCUACAAAGUCGAAGAAGCCGUAUUUUCACUGCGUAAGCGUGGCCCAUUCCGGUACGGUGAACAGGAUUCGGGCAAUGCCUCAAGCACAGUCACUAGUGGCGACUUGGUCUGAAGAGGGAAAAGUCUGCAUGUAUAACCUGGCCGAGGAAUUUCAGCAGUUGCCCUCCCGAUUGGUACAUCAAAUUCAAAGGAACACUUUCACUUGCAUCUUCAUCUCGCUUGCUUCAUGUAAACAUGAUAAAGUUUCAGAGUUCCUCAAGAAUUUUCGCUUUCGUUUCCUUUCAGUUCGCGUCUCUACCUUACGAAUAAACAUAUCUUCAAUCAUUCAAGUUCAUCAAUCAAUCACAAUCAAUCAUAGGCCUCGGCGCAAGUUCCUCCCGUUGUGAAAAAGCCGGUGUUUGAGAGCUGCCCUUUGACUACUCACCGGACGGAAGGCUACGCCAUGGCGUGGUCGGGUCAUAGGACUGGAAUGUUCGCAUCCGGUGACAACGACGGGAAGUUGAUGCAUUGGCUCCCCCUUGAGGGCGGGUGGACCCUGUCAGCCUUUAAGGAGACGCACAGGCCUGGGACCAGCAUCGAGGAUGUUCAGUGGAAGAAAGCAGGGCUUAGUUGCGAACAGCUACUAGCUAGUUGUGGCGGUGAUGGAACCUUGCAGGUAGGACAGUUUUUUCGAUGACAUAGUUUUGUUAAAUCUGAUGAUACUUAUGUAUGAUGUUGAUGUUGCUUCUAUGAAAUUUUAUCAUCGCGUCUAGCACCAGGCGACAUUUUUUCGAGUUCAUCGCUUCUACGUCUCUUACUUCUACUAGAUAAGCUCCUGUUAAUAUUUCACUUGAGUACCACCUCUGCUACAGGUAUGCGACAUUCGAGUCCAGGGUCCGAUCCUGCGAAUUUCGUGUGUUGAGGAGGGAAGCGGAGUUGAUGUGAACGUGUUGGAUUGGAAUCCGUUGCAGGGUGAGCUCAUAGCAACCGGUGCCGACGACGGAUGCAUCAAAGUGUUCGACCUUCGAGCAUCGACGAGAAGGGUUCUGGAGCGAGGUGCAUCAGCGACGUGCGUAGAAGAAGUCUCCCCGGGCGAAGCCUUGAUGGCUGAAUUUGAGUACCAUCGCGGUGGAAUCACAGCCAUCAGCUGGCAUCCGACGGACGAGGCCGCUUUGUGUGCUGCCUCUCUGGACGGCACCCUUUCCCUAUGGGAUAUGGCCGUUGAAGAAGAUGAUGAAAUGUCGCAAGGAGAAGCUGUUGCAAAAACCGGCGAUAAUAACGAUGGUGAUGAGGAAGACGCAGCCUUUCCUCCGCAGCUCCUUUUUCUACACGCAGGCCAAGAGGACGUCCGCGAAGCCGCGUGGCACCCGCAGCUGCCUGGUGUGGUACUCAGCACCGCAGGUGACGGCUUUCACCUUUUCAAGGCGAGGGAAAACUUUUGAUCAUCUUGCUGCGAAAAUGCACUAAGAAUAGAGAUGCAUUCUGUGAAAGGUAUUUAAGAACAGUAAUUGUAGAACGAGUUCCUAUUCAAUUGAUGCUUUUGCUCAUCUUUCUUAAAUCUAAAGACGACGUGAUUUUGAGGAUGGACCGAUCGUGUCAGGAGGAUGUGAUGCUGUAGUUGUCAUGACGAAAAUAUUCUUCAAGCGGUAAUUCCACUGCAGCAGACUAAUUGGUGCCAUCUCCUGGCUUCCUUCAUUUCCGACAGCCAAUCGCUGGAGGUUGAAUAUCGGACCCUUGAGAUCGAAUACAGUACCUAGUGGAUUCGUUACAUGUUCGAUUUUCAUUUCGAUGAAGACGUGGUUGUCGUGAAAGGCCGAUUAGACGCAGC